AUGGCAAUUAAUGCUUGGUCGUCAGCUUCCUUUUGGGAAAAACUCUCAAUUUUACCAGCAAGGUCGCGUGCUUCCUUGUCAAAUUCUUUUGAUAUUUUCACUUCUGACAGUUUAAGAGAUUCCUUUGGUAUUUGGAAAUCGAUUCCACGAGGUCUUCCCAUUCUAGCUUCUUCGGGAUUGGGGAAAUGUGGUAAUGCUGAUAACGGAAGAUACUUGCUUGUAGUUUUCGUUUUUUCCUGUUUCUUUUUAGAAGCACUCUUUAAUCGGCGGGAAACUGGUUUCACUUCUGAUGGGCUAGGUUUGGUUUUUUGUUUAUCCAAGAUCUCUUUCUUCGAUGUUAUUAUUGGAGCGCCGGUGGCACCUCGAGAUAAACAUCUUACAAAGCGUGGUGUAUUUCUUAUUAAAGCUUGGUUACAAAGCAUCCUUGAUAGUUUGAUUUGA